AUGAGCUCCCCAACGCCCGCCAUCCACUCGCUCAGCGCGCCGUCGCCGCCGACGCCACAUCUCCGGCGAGCCACCUGCGCCACCUCCACCGUCCGGGAGUCCUCGCAGAGUCCGCAAUCGCCUCUGAGCGCCUCCUCUCGCCGCGCCGCCCUACUCGCGCUCGUCUUGGCCGCCUCGCCGGUCCGGCCCGCCGCAGCCGACUUCUCCUUCAGCUUCCCUGGUCCGAAGGAGAUGCUGCGGGAGCAGAAGAAGAAGUCGGCGCGCUACCUCCUCGCGCCCAUCGCCGCCUCCCGGGAGACCCUCGUCAAAGCCCAGGCCCUUCUCGCUUCGGAGAAUGCGUCCGGUGCGGACGCCGAGGAGGUGAGGGGCAGGCUGAGCGCGGCGGGGAGGGACUGCGUGCCGCGGGAGAGGAACUCCAUAGUCGCUUUCCAGUCACGGACCGGCGUCGAGGUCUGCACAUUCAGCUUGAUCCUGAAGAAUGCCGCGUCGCUGCUGGACAAUAAGGAUCCUCUCAAGGUUGAAGCGGAUGCUAGGCUUGCCGAACUAAUAGAGUCAUUCGCUGACCUCGGAACUGUGGUGGAUAACAGUAACUUUGAGCUCAGUGGUGACAGAAAGAAGAUGAAGGAUGACCUGCUGAGCACUAUCUCUGCUCUUGAUAAAUACGAACAGGGUGUUAAGGAUUGUUUAGGUGUAUAGAAUAUUAUUGAAUAAUUUCCAUUAAGUUUAGUUUGAAUUACCUCUUGAGGCCUAAACCAUUUCAGAAUGGCAAUUGUUUCCGUUCUAUCUGUGUGGUAAGAUUUUGUUUGCCUCUGGCCCCCUUCUCUCA